AAGAUAGUGUUGUUGGGUGUAUGUAUAGUUAAUAGUUGGACACAACAAAACACUGACCAAUUAGAUACAAUGUACGCAUCUUGUCUUCUACUCUAUGAGCUACAAUCCCAUGAGAGUGAACCCACAACUUAUGAGAGAGAGAGAGGUGACAACAAUGGUUACUUUACUAUAAAUGACAGUCAGGUUCAGCAUAGCAUAUAAUUAUCACCAGAAGUAAACAUAGAAGAAAGAGAACAGCCUGCUGUUAAUCUUUUCUCUGCAACCUGAAGCUCUGUUUCAAUAUUUCAUAAGUUUUAGAGAUCUGAAAUGAAGAACUCAGAAUCAGAACAAGCUUUCUACAUUGAGAGUGAUGACGAUGAAGAUAAUGAUAUUAUUGUGGGAGAAGAUGAUGAGAGUGAAUCAGAAUGUUCAAAUUAUUCUGAUGAUAAUGCUCAACAACAGAGUAAACAUAGUUCUUUAAACCCUUCAUGGCCUCAAAGUUACAGGCAAUCGAUUGAUCUGUACAGUAGCGUACCAUCACCGAGUCUGAACUUUCUAGGGACUCCUACGCUAUCUCGAUUAGGCAGUUCGUUUUUGUCAUCAUCAUUGACACAAAGACAUACUCCUGAGAUACUCCCAAGUUUGAGCAAGCCUUUUUUGCCACAAGUAACAGACAACCAGCAGCCACAAGAAAGACGAAGUUCACACUCUCUUCUUCCUCGACGUGAAUCUUCCGCCAAGAAGUUGUCACAUUAUCAGAAAUCUUCUAAGGCUGCACAUGAGCUUCCUGUUUCUAGGCAGAGCUCAUUUGGUCAAUCUGUGAUUAAUGGCAUAAAUGUUCUUUGUGGAGUAGGAAUUCUUUCAACUCCUUAUGCAGCCAAAGAAGGAGGAUGGGUUGGAUUAUUAUUAUUAUUCGUCUUUGCUGUCCUAUCUUUCUACACCGGUAUCUUGCUUCGAUACUGUUUAGAUAGUCAUCCUGGCCUCGAGACUUAUCCAGAUAUCGGCCAGGCUGCCUUUGGCACCACAGGACGUCUAAUCGUUUCUGUAAUUUUGUAUGUGGAGUUAUAUGCAUGUUGCAUUGAAUAUAUAAUCUUGGAGAGCGACAAUCUAUCGUCUCUGUUUCCAAAUGCUCAUUUAAAUCUCGGAGGACUAAUACUCGACUCACAUUAUUUGUUUGCUAUUAUCAUCAGUAUUGCCGUGCUUCCUACAGUUUGUCUCCGUGACAUGAGUGUUCUCAGUUACAUCUCUGCCGGUGGAGUUAUCGCGUCGGUUCUUGUAGCCGUUUGCUUGUUUUGGGUCGGCUUGGUUGAUAAAGUCGGCUUUCAAAUCGAAACCACAAAGGCCUUCAACCUCUCCGGCUUCCCUGUGGCUAUAGGGCUUUACGGCUACUGUUAUUCUGGACACGCUAUUUUUCCUAAUAUUUAUACAUCUAUGGAAAACAGGAAGCAAUUUCCUAUGGUCUUGUUCGCCAGUUUUGGAAUAUGUGCUGUUCUUUACGCUGCGGUCGCUGUAAUGGGAUACAUGAUGUUUGGCGAAUCAACAGAAUCGCAGUUCACUCUUAACUUGCCGACGAAUUUGGUUGUCUCCAAGAUCGCUGUGUGGACAACCGUAAUCAACCCAUUUACCAAAUAUGCGUUGACCAUAUCUCCGGUGGCUAUGAGUCUCGAGGAAUUGCUACCAGCAAAUCGUGCGAAGUCUCGUUUCUGGUCCAUCGUCAUUAGAACUGGUUUGGUGCUAUCUAUUUUGGUUGUAGCACUCACCAUUCCCUUCUUUGGUCUUGUAAUGUCACUCGUCGGAUCUUUACUGACCAUGCUAGUGACGUUGAUACUUCCAUGCGUUUGCUUUUUGAGCAUCCUUAAGGGAAAUAUAAGCUGGUUUCAGGGGUCAUUCUGUGCAUUGAUCAUCUUGGUUGGAAUCAUCUCCUCAGCUAUUGGAACCUAUACAUCCAUAUUGGAAAUUAUUCAUCAGUUGUCCUGAUCAUGUUAAUUUAAUUUGAUACCUUUAUUAGUUAAGCUUUAUUGUUGCUGUCACCAUAAAAAUAGAACAAAAAUUUAGUUC